AUGGAUCCUUUAAAGUACCUAUUUGAAGUACCGACGCUAGUUGGAAAAUUGGCCAAAUGGUUGGUCCUACUGUCUGAAUUUGGUAUUGUGUAUGAGACUCGAAAAACCAUCAAAGGGCGUGUAGUGGCCGAAUUUCUUUCUGAAAAUCCAGUUAAUGAAGAGGAAGAAGUUGAAACAACCCUCCCAGAUGAGAGUCUCAAGCUAGUAGAGGUCCAUCCAUGGAAAAUGUACUUUGAUGGGGCCAUGAAUAAGAGCGGAGCCGGUAUAGGGGUAGUUUUGGAAGCACCGAAUGGAGAACAAUUGUCAAUGUCAAAAAGGCUAUGUUUCCCAGCCACUAAUAAUAUUGCAGAAUAUGAGGCUUGCAUUUGUGGCCUAGAGGCAUUAAUAGCUGUUGGGGCUAAAAAAGUGGAGGUGUUCGGAGAUUCAAUGCUAGUGGUUUCCCAUGUUAAAGGUGAAUAG